UAAACAGACAGUGAGUACACAGUCUCGAGGGAGUUUACAGUCUAGAGAAACACAGUAAGUGCUUGGCGAUCACUACCGAAACAGAGGCAGAAACUGAAACCCAGUAGGUUCCCCCUAGCACUUGAGCUGUCAAUUAAAAAUUCCCUCAGAUCACCCCAGGUAACUGCCCUAGGCUUCAGCAGGCUCUUAGGUUGUCCGGAGGAAUGACCCCUAUCAGUGUGGUCUGUAGAAAAGUAGGCCUGCCUGGAGGUUGGGGGAUGGAAGAACUCUGAGAAUCCACCACACAUCCUGCACUGACAACUCAAAAAUAAUGAUGUGGCAGGAAGCCGACCCCCAAAACAUCCAGGAAGCGCCUGGGAAUCCCCCUGCCUGCAUCAGAAGCUCCUAUGCUGUCGGCAGCCAACAAGACACUUCCGGAUGAUGCUCCUCCCUCUUCAGCCUGGGCUGAGCCAAUGAGAACAGGCUGGAGGAGAAAUAAAGCAGUCUUAGCCACCAGAGGCAGGAUCCAGGCAAGGAGACCGCAACCCCUCCAAGCAGAAGGCAGCCGACGGCCACCCAUCCGACCCCUGCUAGCCCGUCGGUGAUCGGGAAGACUGAAGAACCAUGGGGAUCUUGCUGACCCGGCUCUGGAAUGCCCUGGCAGGGUUCUCGGGGCUGCAGGCCCGCGUUCUGCUACUGGGCCUGGAUGCGGCAGGCAAGUCCACCAUCCUGCACAGGUGGAAGUUUAACGAGGCUGUCCACACCAUCCCCACCGUGGGUUUCUCCGUGGAGACCCUGGAGCUGCCGGGUCACGUCACCUUCACCGUGUGGGACGUAGGGGGCCAGAAAAGGAUCCGGGCCCUCUGGAGGCAUUACUACGCCAACACCGAGGGGCUGGUGUUUGUGGUGGACAGCACCGACCUCGAGAGGUUCGGAGAAGCCGCAGCUGAGCUGGAGGCCAUCCUGGACCACGAGGAGAUGUGUGGCGUCCCCUGCCUCGUGCUGGCCAACAAGCAGGACCUGCCUGGGGCCCACAGACCCGCUCAGGUAGCCGAAGCACUGGGACUGCGGAAACGACAGGGGCACAGCUGGCACGUGCAGGGCUGCUGCGCAGUGAGUGGGGAGGGGCUCGUGGAAGGCCUCAAGAGGCUGUCAACCAUGGUGAAGCAGCACCGGGCAGGCUGGGUCAAAUAAAGUGCGUUCCAGGGAGGAUUAGCCAAGAUGCAAGUAGUGGAGCCUGCCCAGGCAUCCCCAGAGAGGUGAUCCUCCCUCCCCAACCCCAGAUCUCUUCUUAGCUAGAAGCCUGCUUUCAGCAAAGGAGUCAAAAGGUUUCCCACCGACACCGCAGAGAGGUUCAAGGGAACCCCAUUUUGAAUAUGACACUGACAACAGUGACUUUCAUCCACACCGGUGGGGGAAGGGGAAGAUGGAUGGACCGUUGCCGAUCCCUUCCAGGGUCCUGCCAAGAUGGCCCCGUGCAACAUCGAUUCAUGUACUAUCGUUUUCACCUGUGCCUCCUGGACAACCUAAGAGCCUGCUGAAGCCUAGGUCAUUUAUAAUUAUAAUGAUGGCAUUUAAGUGCUUACUAUGUGCAAAGCACUGUAUCUGAGGUGAUCUGAGGGAAUUUUUAAUUGACAGCUCAAGUGCUAGGCAGACCUACUGGGUUUCAGUUUCAGCGUGUUCCAACAGUGAUCAUUGAGCAUUCACUGUGUUCCUCUAGACUGUAAGCUCACUGUAGAUGCUAUACUCAUUGUGGGCAGGGAAUGUCUGUUUAUUGUAUUGUACUCUCCCAAGCUGUUCUGUACCACUCUGCUGCCUGCUCUGUUCUCCCUCCUCCCAACCCCAUGUGGCUACAGGCAUCUUUUCAGCACCCAGCUCACUAAAGACUUCACAGCUCCACAGAAGGCUCCAACCGGCCAUUUCCAGGCCCAGCAGCUCCUGCCAUUCCUAUUGGAUGCCAAUACUAGAACAGUCCCUUCCAGCCCCCACCCUGUUGGUGGGGAGUAUUAGGGACAUGAGACCCCAUGGGUGUCUGAGAAGGGGAGCACCCCACUUGUAUCAUUCCUCUAGUUUGUACUUGCCUCCACCCCUGCUUACCCUCAGCCUCUAGUCUCACCCCCUCCCAAGAUGGCUCUGAGAAAAACACUGGGGAAAAGGAAUGCCAGACAGAUCCAUUCAUCAUAUAACCAGGCCCCAUGCCAGGUCAGAGCCCAAUUUCUCAUGGGUGCAGUUGAAGGGUUGGGGAGGGACUUGUGAAGGCCACAGGGGCUGGCUCCACUCACCUAGAUGUCCAAUUAAUCCCUUGCUUUCAAUAAAACCAAUGUGACUAUAA